CAUCCCUUGACAGGUCAUCCCUGACUUAAGAGGUCCUCCCGUGUCUGUCGAAGCAAUCUCUCAUUACCAAUUCGAAUACCUACCUACCUAUCCAACAAAAUGGCUACCUUCGCAUCCAUCACAUAUUUCCUGCUCACCAUCUUGACGCUAUCGUCGAUGGUGCACUCUCUGCCGAUUGUAGCAGGAGACAACACACGUACCAGAGCCUUGUACCCGCGAUCUCCCUCUCCACGUCUUAUUGAACCCAACGCCAACGGAUUGCUCGCCAACAUCAUCGCCAACCUCGGUCUUGACGAACUGAGCAACUCGCAAGACUCUACCUCGGAUAACAAGGACAUCAGCAACUUCGAGAUCGACGAGACCAAGAAGGUCACUUCGAAACACCAUAUCAACGAUACCGUCGUCGAUGCCGGUAACUUCACUUCGGGCAAACAGACAAAUAUCACCAAUGUUGACAAUCUUGUCAAUGACAUCAAGUCGUCCUUGGCGCAGAGCAUCAAAGCGGCCCUCGACGACAGCGAUGAGGUUUCCUUGAAUUAAGCUAGAUGUCUGAUUCUCUCUCUCUCUCUUUCUGUGUGUGUGUGUUAUUGUCUUAUUCCAUCACGAUGGUCUGGCGUUUAAGGGUUUGAUCUGGUAAGCGAUUUGGUCUUGGGAUUGGCGUUUGGAUACAUUCCUUUUCAUGAGAGUACGACAGUAUAGUGUGAGCAUCUAGUUGUAGGUUUACUAGAACAGAUUAAUAAG